CACUUUCUGGGGAGUGUCUGCAAUCUUAUAUUAGUAACUAUUAAUUGUAUCUUUUACUUGUAUAACUAUUUUGUAUUAAUUUUUAUUAAUAAUUAUGGAUCCUUCAAUUUUCCCUGACGAAAUUUGGAUAAAAAUUUUAUUAUAUUGUGAUGUACCUGAUAUUAUUGCUAUCGGUAGUACGUGCAAACAUUUAAGAAAAACUUCAGAUACUGAUUAUUUGUGGAAAAUAAAGUGGUUACAAUUGAUUUCAAAAGUACACUUUAGAUUUCCAGAUAUAAAAUGUUUGCAACUACUUAAUGUUAAUUUUAAAGCAAUAUGUUAUAGAUUAUAUAUGGUAAUUACAUUAGGAGAAACUGUUCAUUUUCCAAAAUGUCGUCAUUGCAGUGGUUAUACAUGUCAAAGAAAUUGUGUUGAAGGUUCUAGUGCAAAAGUAGUAAUUGAAAUUGGAAAUAAAUAUACAUGGGUAAUUGCACCACAUUUUGAAUUAAGAAGACAUUUUUCAAUGUUUGGUGUACCUAAAUAUAAUAAUGAAACAUAUUUGGAACAAACACAAAAUAUUCCAAGUAGUAGUACUCAUCCAAAAUGUGAUGGCAAAUCAUUAACUAAAAAAUUAAAAUUAUUGAAAUUAACUGAAUUAGCAACUGCUAAAAUUCCAAGACCUAGUGGUCCAUUUUGUGUUUUUUGUAAUUCUGUAAAAUUAUAUAGAGAGAAAAAGAGAUUAAUUACUCAUCAAAAUGAUCCAACAUGUUAUGCAAGGCCAAAUCCAAUUUAUGAAAAACUUAUAAAUGGAUAUUGCACUGAUACUGUUGAAGUACUUGGAAUUCCAAAUGUUGAUCUUGUUAGUCCAGCAGAAGCAUUAUUAAGUGAAGGAACAUUUCCUGUCCUUAAAACAUUUGUUGGUCAUUUAUUUCAUCAGAUGACAUUAACUUCAACAUUAAGAAAACCUAAUGCAGUACUCAUGUUUUGUGAACCUUUAGCUAUGCAUCCAAUGCUAAGAAAACAAUUGUUACAUUAUUUAUUUCAAGAAGUUAAAAUAUCAAGAGUAUGUCUGGUUCCUAAACCUUUAGCAGCAUGUGCAAUGCUGGAUGUGGAAACUUGUGUAGUAGUUGAUAGUGGUGCUUUAAGUACAACAGUAGCUGUUGUAAUUGGUGGACGUGUUAUACCACAACGUUGGAGAUUAUUGCCUGUUGGUGGUUGGCAUGUAGCUUAUCAUUUAAAACAAGCUAUGCAUUGGUAUCUAAAAGGAUGUUAUCAUAUUCCUAUAUCAUAUUUAGACACAUUGCCUAUUAAAGAAAGAUGUAGAUUAAGUUAUAAUAUUAAAAAUGAAGAGAAAAAAAUAGGACAAAAAGCUGGGGAAUGUAUUAAAGUUAGAGUUCGAAGCUAUGCUGAUAAUAAGCAAUUUUUGAGAGUUUCUCUAGGUUCAGAACUGUACAUUGCUCCUGAAAUGAUGUAUAUCAACCUUGGUUUACCACAAGUAAUAAAAGAUAUAACAGCUGGUUUAUCAGAAGAAGUAUUACACGAUUGUCUUUCACAUAUAUUACUUACUGGAGGAAACACACAUCUUUCAGGUUUUGGAUUAAGAUUAACUAAAGAUUUACGAGAAUUAUUACCAGAAUAUAGCAAAAUAUUAGAAGUAAGAAGUUGUCCUGGUACUCAUAGUUGGAAUGUUGCAAUGGGUUCUACAUAUGUGCCUUUAACUGUACAUCCUGACAAAACACCACCAGAAUAUAUAGAAGGUAAUCCAUUUUGGCUGUCAAGAGAAGAAUAUGUUUUUGGAUGUGAAUCAUUGGAACAGUAAAUUGUAAUAAGUGAUUUUUUAUAAAAUCAAACUUAUAUCUCACUUAUUAUAUAAAUGCAAAAUCUUUGCAUAUGUAAAACUAUUGAAAAAGUAAAAGAAAAAC